AUGUUCACCAUAAAGGCCACUUAUCGGGGCGAAACACGCAAGUUCUCGUUCGCCACCUCAAACUCUUUUCCUACCUUUGAGCAGCUUUGUAACCAGCUUUACCGUGUCUUCCCCAUCAGCCACAACUACUACCUCUCCAGGCUUCUUUUCUCUCCAGAUGCUAAUCUGCCUUCUCGCAUUCUCAUUGCAAGAGAAGUUCACUCCGCUGAAGACUACAAGAAAUGCCUUGCACCUAUGGAGUCUCAGUCUUGGCCGAACGCUCUUUUUAGGUUCUCCGUCUUCGAUGAGACCCCCCACAAGAUCCCGAGCGUACUCUCGGCUAACAGACCGCAAGUCAACGCUUCUUGGUCGUCGUCGGGCAAUGAAGUACCGCCACCACAAGGUUUAAACCAGUCAUCUUCAGUUCCACCUAUUUCAAUGUUCCACAUCCCUCCUCCUCCUAUCAUUUUCUCCGCUACAUCAUCUUCUUUCUCGCUAGCGGAAAUUGAUUCACCUGGCGUAUCUAAUCGAGGAACCAACAGCAGUGGACCGCAGUUCCAACUUGCGCCGCAGCCAAGAGCUGCAGUCAACCCAUGCUGCUCCGUUGCUCAAGGAAAGGCCGAAGUCCAGUCUCUUAUUACUGGGUUUCAAGACCACUUGAAUAAAGUUCUCAUGAGUACCUUCGGCUCGCCUGCCUCUCUUCCCGCCUCUUCUCCGCCUCCAACCGAUGUUGAGGCUGCCGAGAACAAAUCUGUAGAUGAUUUAACCUCAACGGGUCUUUCGUCUCUGUGUUCCAUCUGUAUGCAACGUCAGAAGGGCUCGUGGUAUUCUUGUGAUCAUUGCCACCUAUUGACAUGUGAAAAAUGCCACCAGCGAGAGCCUGCGGGGUUCUGUCUCAACAUGAUGGGACCUCACAGCAUGAAGUUGCUUCCGACUGCCACGAAUAAAGCGUCUUUCCAACCUACUCCACGUUUCCCUGCCCCGUGGCCUCUACCACCAACGUCUAUUCCCACUACAACAUCGCCCCCGCUUUUUACAAGUCAAGCCACUCGGUGCACUCGUAGGCUUGAAGUGCAGCCCGCAGUUGCGAACGCAGCAAUGCCUAACCACCCACAGCAGUUGCCUCCCAUUGUCGCGCAAUCCGGCUCCCGCACACCAACAGCCAAUACAUUCUCUGUUCCGCCUCCACCAGCAAUCCAUCGAGGUGUUGUGUGCGAUAAUUGUGAGAAAACAAUUGAGGGUGUGCGGCACAAGUGUCUUGAUUGUCCUGAUUACGACUUGUGUACUCCUUGCAUAUCCUCUGGUUCUGCUGAGCGCCACAAUCCCUUCCACGAAUUCUUUGAAAUCUCUGAGCCUGGGCGCGUUGUCGUGCACACCGUGUUCAGCGGGGAGGGUGAAAGAAACGCUACACCAUCUAGCAGCACCAGGCCUGUCGUCCCCCCAGCGUUGCCAGUCGCUACGGAGGAGCCUGUCGCUCAUCUAGCUAUUUGUGACUUGUGCGACUCCAGGAUCUACGGUGAUCGUUAUAAAUGUCUUCAUUGCCCAGAUUUUGACACCUGCCUAUCGUGCUUCAGCAUAACGAAUGAACAGCACCCUGGGCACUCUUUUGUAAAAAUCGCAAGGCCAACUGACUACUUCAGCCGUGGUAGCGACCCCCGCUUUGCCCACUUUGCAUCCUGCAACGCUUGCACCAAGACCAUCUACUCUGUCCGCUUCAAGUGCAUGCACCCAGACUGCCCCGAUUUUGAUUUGUGCGAAGCCUGUGAAGCUCAUCCGAUUUCAGUCCACCCGGACAACCACCCGUUGCUGAAGAUGAAGUCAAUUGAGACUGUGAUUCCAACUGUUUACCGAGUUGGCCAGACGAAGCUUAUCAACACGGUAGUUGAGAGUUCAGUAACGAUUGCUGACUCAGUGACAACCUCACAGGCUUCGCAGCAAUCGGUCUCCGUACUUGAGGAUCCAUCUUUGGUUAUGGGUACCUCACCUUUUUCUGGUCCCGACGGUUCACACGCUCUCAACAAUCCUGUAUCACCGGUUGACCCUCAAUCUUCUACACAUCAGGCUCAUACCUUUCCUUCCCUAUUUCCACCAUCUCCUCCCCCUCAAAUGAUACAAGUUGCUCCCAGUGUUCCAAAAUUCAUGUGGGGUUAUCGUGUUGAUGAAUCCGACGAUUUUCGGCAUUCGGCAGAAGGAUUCCGUUCAGAGGAAAAGGAGAAAGCUUCCGCACAGACUCCGAUAAUCGACCCUUUGCCGGAUGCGCACUCGGUUUGGCCUGUCCUUUCACCGUCGUUGAUCGCCACAGAACCGUCGGAUUUCGCAAAUAUUCCACAGGCAACGCUUGAUUCCCGAAAUAUUUGGCCAAACGCGUAUGGCGAAUUGAAUCAUCUUUUACAAGACGUUCAUUCGCUCUCCCUUUCGGAAAGUGCAACUUCUUUUACAUCCGAGCCUGCUGCAAAGGUGCUGGACACUUCGCCCUUGAGGGAGGAAGCGCUUCUCAACCGGCCGAUCGCUGCAUCGACAAGUGGUGCCCCACACUCGCUUGCUGCCCUCCUGAAUGACUACUUACCGGGUCCAUCGCCGUCGAUUCCACAAGAGGUUGAACGUACGAGUCUAAGCGCUACAUUUGUCGCAGACAUUACGGUGCCAGAUGGACAAAUCUUCCCACCUGGUGCUGAAUUUGUGAAAUGUUGGCGCGUUGUCAACGACGGCGGAUGUGAUUGGCCAGAAACGACUGAGCUUGUGUUUGUUGCUGGUGACGCCUUGGUUAUUGACAAACAGUCUCAGAUUAGCACCGUCGGCAGUGUGAAGGCUGGGACAGAGGUGGAUCUCUGGACCGGCGAACUCAAAGCACCUGAUGCUGCUGGAAGGUAUGUUGGGUAUUGGAGGCUUCGGGACGAACACGGAAAUUUGUUUGGGAACAGUAUUUGGAUUGAGAUCAACGUAGCGGAGGUUGACUCGUCGGACAACUCUUUGGCGGCGGCGUCGAUCAUCAUGCCGCACUCUGCUCCAGCUUUGUCGAGGACUGGGUCUGGUCCGGCUGCUUCCACCACAAUCGAUUCGACUCCUUCAAUUGAUGAUGGGAGUUCGGAUGGUGAAUCAGACCUAUCCGUGAUCAGUGUGCAGUUUUCGGACGACAACGAAGAUGACGUGGUUUGGGAAGAUAGCCGCUCUCGAGCGAACGCAGAGCCGGCAGGACAAGCAAUGGACUUUGUACUCUUGUACGAUGACAAUUCGUCGUCGGAAGAGUAA